CGAGGUUAUAAUUAGCCGAAGGCGGGCUCGUAUUAUCGUCUCCCCCCGGCCCCGCCGCCAGCGGCGGCCGUAGCCCAGCACGCGGUCACCUGUGGUACUUAGGAAGGGAGCGGACGGGAGCAAAAGGAAGCGCACCCCCUAUUCUCCCCGUCUUGUUCGCGGCCUGGCCCCUUCCCCCUCCGCCCGGGCAGGAGGAAGUGGUAACUGCACAGAUUUUGGCGCCAGUGCCGACACAUCGCGGGGGCCUGCGCGGGAGGCAGAUUCUCCGCAGCCUGCUCCCCUCAGCCCCGCACCGCCGACGACGGGCGCGCCGCCCGCUUCGGCACUCUGUUCAUCCUUCCGUCCUCCCCUUCCUUCUUUUUUCUUUCUUCAGUGGCCCCGCACGCACCGCGACAAAGGCACAAAAUGGGAAAGAAGCAGAAUGGCAAAGGUAAAAAAGUUGAAGAGGCAGAGCCUGAAGAAUUUGUUGUGGAGAAAGUCCUGGACAGACGUGUUGUAAAUGGAAAGGUGGAAUACUACUUGAAGUGGAAAGGAUUUACAGAUGCUGACAACACAUGGGAACCUGAAGAAAACUUAGAUUGUCCAGAGCUAAUUGAAGCUUUUCUGAACUCUCAAAAAGCUGGUAAAGAAAAAACAGAUGGUGCCAAAAGAAAAUCGUUGUCAGAUAGCGAAUCUGAUGAUAGUAAAUCAAAGAAAAAGCGUGAUUCUGUUGAUAAACCGAGAGGCUUUGCAAGGGGUCUUGAUCCCGAGCGGAUAAUUGGGGCUACGGAUAGCAGUGGAGAGCUUAUGUUCCUCAUGAAAUGGAAAGACUCUGAUGAGGCAGAUCUGGUGCUGGCCAAAGAAGCUAACGUGAAGUGUCCUCAGAUCGUAAUCGCUUUUUAUGAAGAGCGACUAACUUGGCAUUCAUGCCCGGAAGAUGAAGCACAAUAAUUGUUUGCAUUGCUUUUUUAUAUAUAUGAAUAUUAAAACCUGAAAUUUGAUUUAUUAGCAAUGUGAGAAACAUACAUUCUAACAAUCAAAUUUGAUAUUUUUUUGAAGUAGUAUGUUUUGCAUCAACAGCAAGUAAAUAAAAGCUUUCUGCAACUUGUUUCAUUUAUCAUAAGAGAGCAUUUGAUACUACUACUACUUCCUCCAUACUAGGUAAAAGCUUUUAUAAAACAUUCAUAAACUUCCAUAGUUAUUACAGGUUCAUUAUGAAUGUCUAAACAAGCUCACAGAUGUUUUGUAGUCUUCUAUACUAUUGAUGUGCAUGUAUCUUCUUUACCCAAACCUAGCCCUUUAAACUUGUAGAAUCAUUCUUUUUAGUAUUUGGGAUCACUUGGUCAGAAGAAGGCCAGGUGAAAUCUAACUUUGUAGUAAUUUGAAUGUUAUCAGACUGUAUAUUGUUUACUUUAUUGUAAAUACUGGUGAACAGUGGUCAAUAAAAUAGUUUUAUAUUCUUCCUUUA